ACUGAGUCUUUGAAGUUGGCUGAUCAGAAAACGCACUGGUGUCCCCGCCAGUGCGGCAGGGUAGCCUAGUGGUUAGAGCGUUUGACUAGUAACCGGAAGGUUGCAAGUUCAAACCCCCGAGCUGACAAGGUACAAAUCUGUCGUUCUGCCCCUGAACAGGCAGUUAACCCGCUGUUCCUAGGCCGUAAUUGAAAAUAAGAAUUUGUUCUUAACUGACUUGCCUGGUAAAAUAAAAAUCCUAAAUCCAGCUGACUGAAAUCGCCAAACAGCCUACCCGACCACUCUGAGGGUGUUCGCAUGGUCCUGAUGCACACCGAUGCCACUUUUUGUAUUACAGUGCAAUGAUAAAACUGUGGGGGGGACAAAAAUGCCAUUUCAGAAUGUGGGGGGGUGUCAUGUCCCCAGUGAAUGUUGCGCCUAUGGUCAAAACUCUGUUGCAUCAGUAGGCCCACACAGAUGGGGAAAGCCUUCAAACUGAAAUCACAAAUAAUCCUUUUCCAUAUAGGCAACCAUUUGAGCCAACAUUUUUCAGGUAUUAGAAUAAAAGCAGCCUCUUCCCUCAGUCUGUUUUCUGGGCUCUUUUUGAUUUUUCAACACCGAUACUGAUUAUUGGAGGACCAAAAAAAGCAGAUGCCUAUUAAUUGGCCAAUUUAAAAAAAAAAAAAUUGUAUUUUUAAAUGUAUUUAUUUGUAAUAAUGACAAUUACAACAAUACUGAAUGAACACUUAUUUUAACUUCAUAUAAUACAUAAAUUAAAAAUCAAUGUAGCCUCAAAUAAAUAAUUAAACAUGUUCAAUUUGGUUUAAAUAAUGCAAAAACAAAGUGUUGAAGUAAAAGUGCAAUAUGUGCCAUGUAAAAAAGCUAACGUUUGAGUUCCUUGCUCAGAACAUGAGAACAUAUGAAAGCUGGUGGUUCCUUUUAACAUGAGACUUCAAUAUUUCAAGCCCCUACCUGGGCUCGAACCAGGAACUCAACGACAACAGCCACCCUCGAAGCAGCGUUACCCAUGCAGAGCAAAAGGAACAACUACUCCAAGUCUGGAGCCAACUUCCCAGACUCCGUGGUGGAGCACCUCCCUGGCGACAUCAGCACAGGGAUCUACUAUGGCUGGGCAUGCGUGGGCAGCGGAGACAUCCACAAGAUGGUGAUGAGCAUCGGCUGGAACCCCUACUACAAAAACACCAAGAAAUCCAUGGAGACUCAUGUGAUACACACAUUUAAGGAAGAUUUCUAUGGACAGAUCCUCAGUGUAGUCAUGGUGGGCUACAUCCGUCCAGAGAGGAGCUAUGACUCGCUUGGUAAGAAUGCCCUCAUAGCAGCAAUCAACCAUGACAUUGAGGAGGCCAAGAGAAACCUGGAGCUCCCAGAACACCUCAAACUCAAAGAGGACAACUUCUUUAGAGCCACCGCCAGCACGUCCAUGACAACAUCCAACAAGAUCAUGAACGGCCACUGACUUCUGAACAACUAAUGGGCUCUCCUGUCUUUGCUCUGCUCUGUCUUUCUCUCUGUAAUCACUACCACACCAAUGGCCAAUAUGCUACUUAUUCAGUCCUCUGUAGAGAUUUUGUUUUGAGGAUCAAAUCUUCGUAUCUGAUCUGAAGCUACAUUUAGACCAUGGUCGUGUUCAUUAGGGCACAAUACCAAAAACCAUUACAAACUUUUUCCAAUGGAGAACAAGUUUCUUUGUCGGGCAAGUUUGGUGCCUAGUGAACACGACCCAGUUAAUGCAAGAUAAUGUGCAUCUCCAGGAAGUGAAUGUGAUCUUUGUGUGUUGAGGGGGAACAAAUUGUCUCUCGUCACAAGCCCUGUACCAUCAAACCACUGCUAAUAGAAAUGAAUGGUCAUUUUGUAUUGGUUUAGAAUUGGAGUUUAGUCUCAGCUUUGCCGUCAAAGUUUCUUCAUCCUUUUCAUAUUCAGAUGUAUUAAAAAUGUCUGCCUUGAAGCAGAGAAGUCCUCAACGUAUAUUGCAUGUAAUCUAGGCUAAAUAAUUGCAUUAUACACUUCGCUGAAUUCAAGUGCUUUAUUUUAUUUGAUGUACAGUAUGGCUAGUUUUUAUAAUAUAUUACUGUUUUCGUAGACCAAAUCUGUGAAUGAGAGUAUCUACUCCCUGUCCCUACCCCCUCAGAUUUUGAGCUACAUGGUUGGAGAAAAUGUCAAUGUAGCUUCAGCUUUCCGAUGUCCUUCAUUUGUAUAGUUCCUCAUUGGUCAAAUCCAGCAUUUUACCUCCCCACAAAUGAGGGACAUAUUAUUUAAGUUUUGUGAGGGAGAAAAUAACCAAAUGGCCCCACUUAAGUGUCUGAAAGUUUCAACAAUGUAGUUUUUACUGACUUAACCAUGUUUGGACCCUAAUUCCACUGAGAUGAGCAAUGAUAUGGUACAAGAGGAGUAAGUCCAGGCUGAUUCUCUACAGAUAGAUGCAUGGUUUUUUUUCUUUGUCAUUUUCUCAGAGGACAGAGGAGUGUUGAGAGCUUUAUAGCUGCUGUAAAUAGCCUAGUUGUUAAAAAUGAUUUGAGUUAAUGUGAUUUGAGAUGUACUGUAUUUAAGAGUCUAAUAUUGGCAGAGGAAAAAACAUGGCUAUUCAUAAUAUAUUACUGUUUUUGUAGACCGACUCUGGAAAUAAGAGACUAUAGUCCUCUCAAAGAUAUCCUGGCCUUUUUAUUGCAGCUGACCUUAAUUUCCCCUUCAUGCAGAAAAUGUACUGUAUGUAGUAAGCAGUUGAUAGAUGCAUAUGUAAAUCGAUACAAUGUCAUAUUGAACGCUAUGCAAAUGGCUGAGAUAAGCAUCUCGCCUAGCACCUAAAAGUCCUUAGGGAAGGUUUCUGGUUAGAAUAGUGACUCUGAGCACCAGUUGUAGAAGAGGGGACUAAUUAUUGUUUUCCCCAGACCUAUACGCCUGACUGGUUGGCAGUACUGUGCCUUAAUACCACAUUCACACACAUAUUGUCACUGCCCAACAUAUGCAUACAUUUUCUCACAAACAAACACAGCAGAAUCUGUGCUAAUUGAAACCCAGGGCACCCCAUUGUCUGACUAAUCUGACUUUCCCUAUCAUCAGUUUGUUGUGGACAAGCACCAGGGAAGAGGAUUGGUGAAACAUGGCUUCUACUACAUGUAUUAUCUUAGCAUCCAACCAUGUAAAGAUAUAAGCAGUUAUUCCAUUAAACCAGUAUACUUUUAUCUUGUAAUGCUAGCUAUCACCAUACUACUGUAGUAAAACAUACAGUAAGCAAACACAACUCAAGAAGGGACAUUUUGUUUGUCUCUGUUUUUCCCAGCUCCAGUUUUCAGCCUGUAAUGGCAUUACUCUGAAGACCAAGGUCUGGUUAAUGAGGUCAGUGUACUCUGGUAAUUGUAUAAACAAUACAAACCUCCCCAGACCAUGAAGCAGCUCGUUUUGUAGCUGUGUUUUGAUCGUUGUGCCCUUUAUAUACGUACUGGUCAGAGAUGUUCUAUAAAUCAGUGUAGCUAGAAGCUCUCAUUGAUCUAUCCAAAAACAUGGCUCAUAUUUCUGAUCAAGUAGCCUAUGCAUUAGUGUUGGAUUAGGUAACUACUCCUCGAAGGCAUCUGGUAGUAAUAGUGUUGUAGGGUUGUUCUCCAGUUUGGCACCGAACCACCACCCUCAGCCAACAUAUGAUCUCAUCACUAAACAAGGAAAACAUUUAGCUCAGUUGAGACUGCUUAGUAGAAUCAGACAAUGUCAUGAACCAGUGUCACCUGAUUCUUCUCCACUUUUGUUCUUCCAUUUGCAUUCUGCUUUUGUUUGUUCCUUUAUAAAGUGUGUGAUGGCAGAAUGUUAAUUGUUCCCGAAAUGUGUUUUAGCUGGAUAGGCCUCCUUGUAAAUCAUUCAAAUUCUUUCUAAGUAACUCUUGGAUUUUCCAGACCUCCAGUACAAACUAUUCUUUGUUAUUUCAACUGUGAAGGCAUACAGAUUUGACAGUUCUUUUCUAUGUAACAAAAUCAGACCAUGCAAUUCUGUAAUUGUUGACGAAGUAACAUGUCCUGAGUUAUAGUUUUGAAUUAAAAAAAUAUGAGAAAGCGUAACUGUAUUUUUGUCAUCACAGUUAACCAUGGGUCUGUGUUCAGGGACCCAUUGUGUGUGUUGGGCUCAUUUUCAGAACCUUGCUGUAUGAUCCUGCUUGAAGUUGUAUGGCUCUAUUCAAUCUAUAAAGCUGAAGCGAUGCGGCUGGAAUAGAGCCCUUUUUCUUAUUAAACGUACAAAGAUGCA